AUGAUCGUCAUCCAAAAAAUGAAGACGAAGGAUUUGAGUAAAAUUUUCGAAGAUGAGCAUGGAAAGCGGAUGGCUUCCACAACUUACAAACGAUGGAGAAGAGAAGGUCCAGAUCUUCUGAAGGAAUAUGCGAAUGGAACUCGAGUAACGAAGAAGAUCUGCCGUCCAAAAUACAAGCAAAAAGAUGAAAUUAAAGAAAAAUUCCAAGAAGUCGUAAUUCAAGAGCUAAAGAAAAGUCAAGUCGAUGGCUUGGUUAGCGUUAAGGUUAGAGAAAGCGUACAAGCCGACUGUGGGUACCCGGAGAGCGGAAUCAUCGGUAAAGAAAAGAAUUUUUUCGACCUCGAACCUAGCGACAACUCAAUGAAAACCAUCUCUGAACAUUGCGAAACAGCCUUCCGGGUCUUCGACGAUAUUCUUUUGGACAUGAUCGGAGCCGAUCUUCUCUUCACAGAUGCUUACGCCGAAAAACUCGACGAAAUGGUAAACCAGAGACGAGUUAAUACAUUAAAGAAACGAACAGCGAGAUCAACUCAAUCCGCCAAACGAAACACGAGCAGGAAGAAGAGAGCCGUUGGAGUCGCCGCAGCUGCUGGAGUAACAGUAGCAGCAACAGGCAUCUCUCUCGCAUACACAGGAUAUGUGGACGCAAAAUCAAAGCAGCGCGAUCAAGAGCUUCAAUUUCAAAUAGAUGACAGCCGAAGAGCGAUUUCUGAACUCUCCGAAAGCUUCGAACUCAACACCGAAAUGAUUGGAGAACUUGCAAAACAACUGAAGAAAUCACAAUCCCCGAUUAUUGUGCGAGGAGGAAUCGAGAUAUCUACUGACCAAAUUAUGCAGAAAGACGUCCUCGACGGCAACCCGCAGAGUACAAUCGAAUAUUUUGCAGCCUACAGCUCAAAUUAUGGAAAAGAAAUGAAUAUCUUCCGUCCACUCGAAAUUGAGCCUCAAGUCUCCGCAUCCUCACAGUGCUUGACAUAUGCCAAGUUCUUCGCUAGUUCUGGGUCAAAAGCUGGCAAGUCGUCAAUUGAGGAGUACAACGCAUUCGCCGAGUGGUUCUGA